UUGCGUGUAUACUGGCGCUGUAUGUAAUGAUCAUAAUUAUAUAGAUAGUAUAAUAUUUGUAGUAGCCACUAGCCAGGCUUGUUUAAGUUUAACAGUCCCACCGCAACAUAGUAUUCUUAUAAGUACUGUACUGAUUGCUAAUAGACUAAUACAUUAGAGCACUUAUUUCGAUUGCACUUGUUACUUUAAAUCAUAAGUUCAUAACUGAUGAAGUAUUCCAGUUUUCUUCGAGUUCUGUAUUGUUUGUUGUGUUAAGAUUUCGUGAACAUUGGAACUUUAUCUAUGCUUCCGCAAUUCAUGAACAACUAUACCUGAGGGCUGAGGGUAUCGCGGACACAUUACAGUGCUUACUGCACGAUUUUUGUAUGACUGUUUUGGAAAAAACGGCAGGGAGCAAAGAUGGAGCAAGCAUAUGUGGCAAUCAAUUCUGGGGAUUCCGAGGAGAAUAAUAACCCUAAUACUGACAAUCUACUUCGUGCACAGCGUAAAAUGCAGCUGCGAAAUGUUAUCCUCGUGGGCAUUGUGUUUAUGCUCCUGUCCAGUGCAUCCCAGACGUCGUCUACAGUAGAAACGAUUGUCAUCGACAGCGUUCACGAUCAGUAUUUCAACGGAACCAGCACACUUGGAUACAAAUUAUUGGCUGUUUUAAACGGUGUAAUCGCUGGAUCAGUAUGGAUAUCCCAGACCAUGGUGGCGAAUAUCGGACCGAAGUAUGGCAUGCUCAUUGGGGGAGUUUGUUACUGCAUAUUUGUUUCCACGUUUAUCCGGCCUCUCGUCAGCACAUUGUUCGCGGGAGUAGUGAUUCUGGGUGUUGGACAGGCCGUAUUAUGGACAUCGGAAGGAGUGUUUCUGUCGCUUAAUUCUGAUAAAGAAACAAUUGGCCGAAACUCGGCUGUGUUUUGGGCGUUGUACCAGACAAGCUUAUUGUGGGGGAAUUUUUACUUUUUCUACAAAAUGAAUGGUGCAGAAACCAUUGAUGAUGUUACGCGGUACUGGAUUUUCGGAGCCCUUGUGGUUUUGGCUGGAGCAGGGACAUUCCUUAUUAUGGCUCUAAAAUACCCUGUCCCUAAGCUAGUCCCGCAUUCGAUUAAUGCUGAUGGAAGCGUAAAAGUGGAAUCUGCAGAGGUGAAAUCUCGGGGUCUGGUUGACUCUAUUAGAUGCUCGUUACGUUUGAUCACAACGAAGCGUAUGCUGUUUGCCAUGUGGACUUUUAUAUAUAUCGGAUUGGAGCAGACUUUUUGGUCGAAUGUUUACGACUCGUCAUUGGGUUACACAAAGAAAUUCGGAACUCAUAUUGCGGAUAGUUUGGUUGGUUUGUCUGGGGUAUUCGUCGGAAUUGGGGAAAUCUUAGGUUCCAUCAUAUUUGGAUUGGCUGACACGCGUUUUCCUCGUAUGGGAAGAGAUCCGGUGAUUAUCUGUGGUUUUGUUUCGCACAUGGUGGCGAUAUUUUUGGUUUUUAUUAAUAUUCCCAAUGCGGCUCCACUGGGCGCGACUUUUGAUGACGGUUUUAUCCAUCCCAGUUUUCAGCUGGCGUUGUUUUGUUCUGUACUUUUUGGAUUUGGCGAUAGUGCUUUCAACACGCAACUGUAUUCGUAUUUGGGAGAAAUGUACGCUGCGGAUAGUGUUCCAGCAUUUGCUCUGUUUCAGUUCAUCUGGGGUUUAACUUGCUGCGGUGCUUUCUUCUACGCCACUGUUUUACAUUUGUAUAUUCAACUAUUGAUUUUGGCCAUAAUUGGAAGUAUCGCCACAAUCACGUUCUGCAAGCUAGAAUGGGAUUACAAAAAGACAAGGAUUCCUUUUCUACAAUCGGAACGAUCACAGUUAGCAGACGAAGGAACUGAGAAUCUUCUGCAUAAUGAGUGAAUGAUCUUUUGAGAAUCUUGUAUCCGUGAAAUGAAUCUUGACAUUUGGACCAAAACAUUUUUGGACUUGAAAAUCUCCUAAUGGUUUUUAGAAAUUUCAGCCUAGUGUCACUCUUUUAUACCUCCUAACAGAUGCUCUUUACCGAUUUUAAGCUUAUAAAGUUUAUUCUUUUAGUAUUUCCUCGAGAUAGCUAGCUUCAAGAUGGAAACAGCAGAUGUGUACGUAAUUCUCGGAUUCCUGUUUAUGUGAUAAUAUUUUCGUAAUUAAGUUUUUAUAGUUAUGCUGUACUGUUAAUUUGUGUAAAGUGUAAACCAUGGAGUAUGUGGAGUUUAUACUAGAUGUUUAAUAAACGCAGA